AUGCCCACUGAAGAGAUUGUGUCGGUGGUGCCGGAGCUUCUGCAGCCUGCUCCUCCAGGGGGCCAUCCACCCUCAGGGAAUGAGGCCCAGAGCUCACCCCUAAGCCACAAGGAGGAGAGGGAUGUGAAGGAGCGGACUGGUCAUGGGAGGCAGCUGAGUGCCUUCCAGACUUAUGUGAACCUGGUGACAGUGGUAAUUGGGGCAGGAAUCAUGGCUCUGCCACAGCUGCCCCUCAGGGGAGGCUGGGUGCUCAGUGCUUUGAUCCUACUGGUAGUCAUCCUGUCAACUGCAGAGAGUGGGCUACAUAUGUGGAAGGCUUUCAUGGCAAGCGAGGGAAGGAUGUCUACUUACGAAGACCUGGGCCGAGAAGCUUGGGGACCCCUGGGCCAAGUUCUAGCAGCUGUGGUGGCCAACCUGUUUCUCUUCGGCAUCUACUCUGCGUACACUGUGCUGAUAGGCAUGCAGCUAGAGAAUCUCAGCCAGAAUGCCCUUGACAAGCAGCACUGGAUAUUGAUAUUAUACCCAGCUUUCCUGGCUUUGGCGCUUGUGCCGGACCUCUCUGCCCUCUCCAGACUAGUACCCUUCGGUAUGGUGGCAGCCUGCGCCACCGCGGCUUGCAUUAUCGGCAAGUCCAUGAUGGAUUCGAGGCGCUGGAAAGACUGGGACCAGCACCAGGAGAUGCACUCACCCUGGCCGCAGGAAUCCGUGAUGGCUCUCGGCGUCGUCCUAGCAACCUGCAUUGGUGCUAUGACCUUUCAUCCAGUGGUCCCCGCGGUUUUGCAGGACAUGGCCCAGCCAGAAGAGUUUCCCAGAGCCAUGCUAGGAGCUGCUACCACGUGCGGCAUUCUCUACCUGGCAGUGAUGCUAUGGGGCUAUCACGGAUAUGGUGUCUUCAUCAGGCAGGACAUCGUGCAGUCCAUGACCCACUCUCCUGCCAACUUAGAGGAGGCUUUGAGCAACAGCGAGGUGUGGGACUGGAUGGGAGAGAAGAGCCUUUGGGUGCCGCCAUUGGUCUCCAGCCUCGUGCUCGUUAACAUCAUCCUCAGUAUGCCGAUCAUGAUGAUGGCGGUGUUCUACUCUGUUCAGGACUUCAAGCCUUUCGCUCCUCACUUAAAGCCUGGCUCGUGGGCGAACUGGAUCAUGCGCAUGACCCUGGUCACGAGCGUCUGGGAUGCAACCUGA